AGACAAUAGGCUUUAAUCAGUAGUGGUUAAGGACUGUUGGCAUGUGCACUGAGAAAAAACAGAAGAGGGUUAGACUGGAACUGUAAGUGGUGAGGAAAGAUAGAAGAGAAACAGGAAGGAGGGCAAAAGAGGAGAGAGACCCCAUCAGUUACAAACAGAAGAAGAAGAGAGGAGCACGAGGAGGAGGUACUGAACAACCCUCCACUACAUCAGACAAAAUAAAAGAGGAGCUCAGACUGAUUGUCAGCUCCUCAGAUCCACAUUCAUCCAGACUGGACUAUGCUCUGCCACCCCUGUCACCCCUGCCGCUGAUCCAGGCGGUCAGUAUGAUCUCCCACUACCCUCUGGCCACCCUGCUGCCCUGGCCCCACGGGACCCAACAUCACUGCCCAGACCUGGACUUCACCUUACUGCUGGAGGGGGAAGGAGGGGUGGCCCUGCAGAGGUACCAGCCCCGGAGCCCAGAGAGCAGCCCACACCACUGGAGCUCGGUGCAGGACUGGGGGGAGGAAGUCGAGGAAGGAGCCAUCUACAAUGUGACACUGAAGAGAGUUCAGAUUCAACAGGCUGCCAACAAGGGAGCACGAUGGCUGGGGGCGGAGGGGGAUCGCUUGCCUCCAGGCCACACAGUGAGCCAGUUGGAGACCUGUAAAAUCCGAAGUAUCCGCGCUGGAACACUGGAGCGUCUGGUGGAGACCUUAUUGACAGCUUUCGGAGACAACGACCUCACCUACACCUCCAUCUUCCUGUCCACCUACAGAGCCUUCGCCAGCACGCAGACUGUUCUGCAGCUACUGCUAGACAGGUAUGGAAGCGUGGAGGAAAACACAGAAGACACAAACAGAUGCCAAAGCUCUGAAACCAGUGGAGCCAUCAGAAAUGCCUUAGCUUCAAUCUUUCGACACUGGCUGGACCAGUGUCCAGAGGACUUCCAGGAGCCUCCGGAAUACCCCUGUCUCCACCGGUUGAUGGACUAUCUCCAUAAAACCCUGCCAGGCUCGGAGACUCUGAAACGGGCCGAGGGUCUCCUGGAGCAGCUGCAGACUCAAACCAACAUAGACGAUGCUGACGCUGGUUUCCACGGCAACAGUUCUUUUUGUCUGGGAGAAGAGGAGGAAGUGGAGAUCGAGGUCCAGGAGAACUUCCUGUCGUUUGAGGCCGACCUGGUGGCGGAGCAGCUGACCUACAUGGAUGCGCUGCUGUUUAAAAAGGUCGUACCCCACCACUGCCUGGGCUCCGUCUGGUCUCAGAGGGAUAAGAAGCACAACAAACACAGUGCCCCCACCAUCCGCGCCACCAUCACCCAGUUCAACGCGGUGGCGGCAUGCGUGGUAAGCACGGUUCUGAAACACAGACAGAUCAGACCGCACGUCAGAGCGCGGGUCAUCCAGCGCUGGAUCGACAUCGCUCAGGAGUGUCGAAUACGGAAGAACUUCUCGUCUUUGCGAGCCAUUGUGUCGGCACUACAGUCAAAUCCUUUGUACAGGCUGAAAAGGGCAUGGGCCUGUGUGCACAAAGACAGCAUGCAGACGUUUGAGGAACUGUCUGACAUUUUCUCCGAUCACAACAACUACCUGACCAGCAGAGAGCUACUUAUGAGGGAAGGCACUUCAAAGUUUGCCAGUCUGGAAAGUUGUGCCAAGGAGCACCAGAAACGCACCCACAAGAGACUCCAGCUGCAGAAGGAAAUGGGAGCGAUGCAAGGAACAAUACCGUACUUAGGGACCUUCCUAACGGACUUGACCAUGCUCGAUACGGCUCUGCCUGACGUAGUGGAGGGUGGUCUGAUCAACUUUGAGAAGAGACGCAGGGAGUUUGAGGUGAUCGCUCAGAUCAAGCUGCUCCAGUCGGCCUGUAACAGCUACUGUCUGAGGCCCGAGCCGGCUUUCCUUCGCUGGUUUCGGAGCCAGCCUCAGCUCAGUGAAGAAGAAAGCUACGCAUUGUCCUGUGAAAUUGAAGGUCUUGGUGACAGCAGUCCAACUUCGCCCAAACCACGAAAAAGUAUGGUGAAGAGACUGAGCCUGCUGUUUCUUGGAACAGACAAUAAUGCAGCCAGCUCUCCGGUCAGAGAGACGCCGCGAUCGCCUCCUACUGGCAGCUCAGGGGAGAGCAUGGACUCAGUCAGUGUGUCGUCCAGUGACUCCAGCAGCCCAUCUGACAGCGAGGGACUGACCCCGACCCACGCCUCCGACGCCCAGCAAAACAAGCUAUCAGAUUCCUCGUCUUGUGCAUCACUCCACUCUAUGGACACCAGCUCAUCGACAGCCAGUGUUUCCAUUAGCCCUGCGUCUCCUCCCCUUCCCGGACCGCCAUGCAUCCACAGACGCUCCGUCUCCCUCACUCCCAUGUCUCCCUGCUCCCCGAGUCAAGCCCUAGCAUACAACACACAGGCCCAGGACGCAUGCAUCAUAAGAGUCAGUCUGGAGCACGGCAACGGAAACCUCUACAAGAGCAUACUGUUAACCAAUCAAGACAAGACUCCAGCUGUGAUUUCUAGAGCCAUGGCAAAGCACAACCUGGAGGUAGAACCGGAGGAAGGAUUCGAGCUGGUGCAGGUCAUCUCUGAGGAGAGAGAACUGGUGAUCCCUGAUAAUGCAAAUGUCUUUUAUGCCAUGAACACCUCGGCUAACUUUGACUUCCUGCUGAGGGUGCGGGGCUCAACGGGCCGGCCGGUGCAGCUGCGUAGCCGGUGUAGUUCCACACUCCCUCGGACCCAGCACCGCUCUAGCCUUUCACUCAGACUCAGCAAGGUCACUCUGUGACCCGGACUGGAGUGACCCAGCAGUAUUUUUUUCCCUUCCACCACUAACCCCCGAUAAUAAGGGGCCAAGACUGGACAUUAAUUGUUGGGUGUUUUGCUGAAAAGACUGGAUAAAUGGAUUUGAUGAUCUCUGCAGGAUCACUUCAAGGACAUGGAUCCUAAUGAGUUCUCAGACUGCUGAAGAGCUCCACGUGGACGUUUGUCUUGCUGACCUUCACUUUGUACUGUGCCAAUCCCCUCUUGUCCUUUUCAGCACUUAACCCAAACGUAAUAUAAAACAUGGAAGUGUAGCGUGACUGCUGUGCCAGUGGGACUUGACUUUUGACUAGUGGUGCCUGUGACAGAGUGGAACAGCGACCCCCGGUGGCCUCCACUCUUUACAACAACAGGUUUUUGCACACUUUAUGGGAGCAGCCCAACUCCUGACCUCCAACAGUAUUCUGACGAUAAAGUAACUAACUUUGUCCUGUGAUGUCUGUGUAGCUGAACACUUUCUUCUGCGGUAAUUGAAGAAAACCUGGAUGUGGAAUAGAAGGAACGGUGGAUUGAGACUUUAAUCUUUUGCCUUUGUUGCUGAAUGAAUGGACCUCUGACAGUAUUCUGAAUGAUAUUGAUUGAUUAACUGAUUGACAGGAGCUGUGACGUCAUUAUUUCCCCGGUCGGACAUGUCCACCUGUCAUGUCUGGCUCAUGCACGGUGUGUAUGUGUAUUCUGCCCCUCUCAUAUUGUGAGCUAUGUGACGAAUGCAAUGUUUCAUGCAUUCUGAUUGGUUCCAUUACUUGGUUUUAACAAGUCCUUGGCAAAUAUUGAAAUGGCCUUACUUGCCCUAUCUUUAGGGUAUAAAGAUGAAUUAUGUGCUGCUUUCUAAUCCAGAUGUGUUCCUUCACAUCCUCACAUUUUCGCCUUGCUUGAAAAAAGAGAAGGUUUGUAUAAGAGUAAAUCAGACGAGGGACUGUAAGUAGUGGAGAGGAAGAGCAGCAUGCAAAGUGUCUGAGAACUGAUGUAUUAUUGUACCUCUGUGCCCUUUAUUAUAUGAACUAUAGAGUUGCACUUGUCAGUGGCAGGAGAUGCCAAUGGGAUGUGAAUAUGGAGACAGAGUCAGCCACAAAGCUACUCCCUCUUCACUAAAUGAAUUAUUAUUUGUGUUUGUCAUUUUUUGUUUUUAUAUGUUUUUGUAACACAAUUCAGGCCAGAAAUGUACGCCAGAUUGGAAUAAUAGAAGAUUUUUCAAGUUAAUGUUAAUGAAUUCAAAGAGUGUUAGAAAAAAAGCUAGUGCCAAAUUGAACUGUGAUACAUUUGGUAAUGUUUACUGAUGGGCACUUCACAAAUACCACUUGUACACACACUAAGGAUCUGGUUCUUUCAUCAACACCCUCUUCUUUUAUUGUCUGAUUUUCAACACUGUCAUAGUUUUACAGCAACACUUAUCACUUUUCACAUAACAGCAGCACAUUUGCAAAUUAACACUCACGGAGGACUGUUUUUUUCUUCGGUUACGCUCUAUUUCUGCAGAUGCUAUCAUGCACGCCAUCAUCAAACUUCAUCAGAUCCAGUUGAUCACUGGUGAAGGAUGAGACAAGCUGUGUGCUCACUAUUAGGUUAUUGGCCCAAUAAUGUUCCUCAUGCAUCACUUCAAGGUUAAAUGUUCUCAUUAAAUUACAGCCUGUUUCUGUGUUCUUCACUGCCAAAGACUCCUCUACCUGAAUAAAUAAAUUAUUAUCAUCAUAA